UUGUUUACUUUGCUCCUGUGUUGACGCAUUUUUAAAUGAUCUUAUACGUAAUAGGAACUUUUAGUGUGUAGUUUUGUUAAUAAUUUUUAUUGUGUCAACCCUAAAGUUGCAAGGUCUAUGAUCAGUGUACGAGAAAAUGACGGGAGAGAGUUUGGAGGAGUUAGCAGUGCGGCUGUUCGACGCGGGCGCGGUGCGGUUAGGAGACAUCGAAGCUAAACUCGGCCGACGAACGCCUAUUUACUUUGAUCUUAGAGUCGUUGUAUCCCAUCCCAAGCUUAUGAUGUCGAUAUGUCGACAAUUGCAGACGUUAGCGAACGAAAUACCUCAUGAUAUAAUCUGUGGUGUGCCGUACGCGGCGUUGCCUUUCGCAGCUGUCAUGUCAGUUAAUACAAACACACCAAUGAUCAUGAAAAGAAAGGAAACUAAAUUGUAUGCAACGAAAAAGAUUUUAGAAGGAGUAUUCGAGAAAGAUCAGGUAUGUUUGAUCGUUGAGGACGUAGUGACAUCUGGCGGCAGUUUGCUAGAAGCUGUUACAACUAUUCGCGCCGAAGGCUUAAAAGUUUCACACGCUGUUGUAGUACUUGAUAGGGAACAAGGUGGCGCUGGUGUGUUAAAUGCAAAUGGCGUCCAAGUAAAAUCUGUCUACACGAUGACUAAUUUAGUAAAAAUACUGAGGAACGCUGGACGAAUAAGCGAUGAAACAGCAGAAAUAGUAUCUGAUCACAUCAAAGAGUGCCAAUUUGGUUAUUCAGUUUAGAUUCAUGGUAAAUGACGAACACUGUUUUAAAAGAAAUUGCACGUUCACACUUGAUACGUUAAUCAUUAUUCAGAUCUGAAAUUAGCUCUCACUUAUAUUUGUUGGUAUUGUACUUAUUUAAUUUUUAUUAAUUAAUAAACUAUCGAAUAUUUGUUGUUGUUU